GAUAGAGGAUUAAACAUGCUACACAAGCAUGGAAGCAGGUCACAUGGUGCUGUGUAUAAAGGCAGAGGCGCUUUUUUAAAAUCCAUGUCAGAAUUCCCGGUGGAGGGAGGCGAAAACAUGCAUACUGCCAUGGAGAAUUUUCAAAAGAAGAACCUGGUGACUGGCAGGACGCAUCACGUCACUCAUCAUCCGCAGGUCACCACCACGUCGUCGCAGAUGCUGACGACAAAUCAGAGCCAACAUCAGAGUAGUAGCAGCACCAGUACCAGUACUAGCAGUAGCAGCAGCAGCAGCAGUACGAGCAGCAGGGUGGCCAAGUCCUCACAGAGGAUUCUCACCUCGUCUUCGUCGAGUGAGAUGAAGGCGAGCUCCAUGAAGAGUGAUCUGACGGAGCUCAAACGCGGCAUCUCGGAGAUGAAGAACAUCUCGACCAACUUUUCACAACGGCUGCGCAGCAGCAUGGAGAACCUCGUAGACAGUCCGGAUACAGAUACGCCGCCACCUGUCAACGAUGCUGUCACGUUGGCGGGCGGUUCUCCGUCCCAAUUGAGUUCCCUGAACUCACUGAACAAUCUUCAUCACAGCAUGAGCCCCCCGAUGAAUAUACCGAGCAUGCCAAACCUACCUGCUGGUCAGGAAACUAUGAAGUUCGAACAGAAGAAAAUGACCAGCGCUUCAAAAACAAAGGUCGUCACGGAUGGAUUUAGUGCUGAAAAAGCGACGGCGAAUAGUGCAGAAAUGAGGGCCCUGCAAGCCGGUGAUGUCUCAUACAAGGAACAGAGCGCAGCAACGGCGGCGAGGCAAUUAACGAGGCUGCUGGCACGGGGUCUUUUUCCAAGUCUGAGACCCCGCAGCAACGCGAUGCAACGUGAUUAUCCUCAUCCUCGGAUCUCGGGCAAUCAGGUCACUUCACAAAUGGAGCAAAGAAGCUUGAAGGCUGGCGAUCUCUCGCAUCAAGAGAGUAACAAUAUGGCAGCAUCUACCAUGAAGCUUCAGAGCGAUUCUUUUACUUCCGAGAAGAAAGCGAUGGCAGCGCAACAGCAGCGACAGACAGUCACUUCGACCGGCAUUUUCAACCACGAAAAGCACAUGGCCUCGAGCUCACAAUCGAGCAUCACGAUCGCGUCCAAGUCGGGCGUGAGUUCAUCCAAAUCGAUGAUCAGUGCUGCGAGUGCGGUUAAUCAACUGAUGAACGGCAUGCGACCACCGACCGCUGAGGAUGAGCUUUUAUCUUUACCGUUGGAUGACUUGGAUCUACUUUGCUCCAAGUCGAAUCCGCAAGACGUGGACUGUGCCAUCGCCAAGUAUUGCAGCCUGCUCGACAGCUUCGUGGAGCGAUUGAAGGUGAGCGCCGACAGUGGCAAGAGCAGUAACAGCGGCAGCAAAGGGCCACAACUGUUGAACAGGGUGAACGAGAUCAUCCGGAAGGCUUGGGCAGUGCCUACACAUGGCCAUGAGCUGGGUUAUACCCUGUGCAACACUCUGAGGACGCGCGGCGGUCUUGAUCUACUCAUGUCAAAUUGCGUGGCGAAUGAUCGCGACUUGCAGUUUUCAUCGGCCAGAUUACUGGAGCAAUGCUUGACUACGGAGAACCGCGCUCACGUGGUGGAGAAUGGCCUGGAGAAGGUAGUGAAUGUCGCAUGCGUGUGCACGAAGAACGCCAAUUCGGUAGAUCACGCGCGCGUCGGCACUGGGAUACUCGAGCAUUUGUUCAAGCACAGCGAGGGCACCUGCAGCGACGUCAUCAGACUAGGUGGUUUGGACGCGGUGCUAUUUGAGUGUCGAAAAAAUGACGUGGAGACUCUGCGCCAUUGUGCAGGUGCGUUAGCGAACCUAUCGCUGUAUGGUGGAGCUGAAAAUCAAGAAGCGAUGAUCAAGCGGAAGGUGCCAAUGUGGUUGUUCCCGCUUGCUUUUCACAACGACGACAAUAUCAAGUAUUACGCCUGUCUGGCGAUCGCCGUGUUAGUCGCCAACAAAGAGAUCGAGGCAGCCGUCCUCAAGUCCGGCACCCUCGACCUCGUCGAACCUUUCAUCACGUCGCACAAUCCUUACGAAUUCGCUAAAUCGAACUUAGCGCACGCACAUGGUCAGAGUAAGAACUGGCUGGAGCGGCUUGUGCCGGUCCUGAGCUCUAAGCGGGAGGAGGCUCGCAAUCUGGCGGCCUUCCACUUCUGCAUGGAAGCAGGUAUCAAGAAGCAACAGGGCAAUACUGAUAUCUUCCGAACAAUCGGCGCGAUCGAGCCGUUGAAGAAAGUAGCCAGUUGUCCGAAUGCGAUUGCGUCCAAGUACGCGGCACAAGCUUUAAGAUUAAUCGGCGAAGAAAUUCCGCAUAAACUCAGCCAGCAAGUGCCUUUAUGGUCCACUGAGGACGUCCGAGAAUGGGUGAAGCAGAUCGGUUUCGCCGAGGUAGCCCCGAACUUUGUGGAAAGCCGAGUGGAUGGCGACUUGCUAUUGCAGUUGACGGAGGAGAAUUUGCGCGAGGAUAUCGGCCUGACCAACGGUAUCAUGCGUCGCAGAUUCGCCCGUGAGCUGCAAAACCUGAAGAAAAUGGCUGACUACAGUAGUCGCGACACCGGUAACUUGAAUAGCUUCCUGCAGUCGAUUGGCCAGGAGUUCUCCAUCUACACGUAUAGCAUGUUGAACGCCGGGGUAGACAAGGAUUCGAUACGAAAUCUCUCGGAGGAUCAAUUAUUGGCGGAGUGUGGCAUCACCAACAGUAUCCAUCGGCUCAGGAUACUUGACGCCAUCAAGAAUAUGCAGCACAACCAAUUCAGCUCGUGCGAGUACGAAUCGCCUGACAAAUCCCUUGACGUCUUCGUCAGUUAUCGUAGAUCGAACGGCUCGCAACUGGCGAGUCUGUUGAAGGUACAUCUACAGCUGCGGGGCUUCACGGUUUUCAUUGACGUCGAGAGGCUCGAGGCCGGCAAGUUUGACAACAACUUGCUACAGAGCAUCAGGCAGGCCAAGCACUUCCUCCUCGUACUUACACCCCAGGCUUUGGAGAGGUGUAUACAAGACAGCGAGUGCAAGGAUUGGGUACAUAGGGAAAUUGUUGCCGCGCUGCAAUCACAAUGCAACAUAAUCCCGAUCAUUGACAAUUUUCAAUGGCCGGAACCUGAAGAACUUCCUGAAGACAUGCGCGCAGUUUGCCAUUUUAACGGUGUUCGUUGGAUUCACGACUAUCAAGACGCCUGCGUAGACAAAUUAGAAAGGUUUAUGCGAGGUGAGAUACCUAUGAGAUCUGAUCUGUCCAGCGGAAUUCCGCGCAGCAUGGCUCCCAAGGACGUGACCCAACCGAGCACACCAGCUAACGCGAAUAUGCGACAGCCGCCGAACUAUCAGCGAAUGCACAGCAACGAAAGCAGGGGCAGCGACAAGGAUUCCACGGGCGGGCGAGACUGACUAGACGGCCCGCCCACAGCCAUAUCGAGCAGACUUAGAAAGUCGUCGAGUCCAUCCCGUUGGUUGAUGGGCCUACCACCCACGUCGCCGCGUUUCAAGUUCAUGUACACGCA